AUGUGGCAGCCAGGGCCUGCACCACCCCCGCCUGCCGUUGUGCUCCCCGAAGCGCAGGGCGUGCUUGCCGGCGCCGCCGGCUUCGUGUCCCGCGACAUGAGCGACCCGCCCUGCAUCAGCAUUGUGCCGGCGGUCGUCGGGGACGUCGCACGGGCGCCUGCCAGGGCUGCACAGCUCUGGCUGUGCAGCUCCCUGAUGGCCGGCGGCAAAUGCCCGCAUUUCUGCACAAGCGUCCGCCAAAACAACAUCAUCGAGCCCUUCGCCCUCUUCGUCACUAGCUGCUACAACAAAACCGACCUGUACCAGUCCGCCGUCGACGGGAUGGCGGGGCACGUUGAGAGCACGAUGCACCAGUUCGUCGACCACGUUGAGAACUCCAACUACAUGCCCGCGUUUCGUGCGGUGGCCCGGCAGAUUGGGAAGGCCGGCGGCAGCGUCGUGGCCGCCCUGGCGAUGGAGCCCCUCCAGAAGCUCCUCACGGGCGCCGUCUACACCUUCAACGCGUCGAAGACCUACGAGGCCGCCUACGUGCGCAAGUCCUACAACCUCACCAAAAACAGCAACAAGGCGUACGAGGUGGUCUUUAAGAACAGCGCGGGCGCGGAGGUCUCCCGCCUUCUUGUCUGCGUGCCGUAUGAGUUCGGCUGCUUGAUCUCCAACAACGCCUGCCUUGCGGCUUACAACCGCGAAGGCGUCUCCGAGAUUUUCGCAAGCUACCUCUGGGCGGAGGCCAGAACCGGAAGUAGCAUGGUCAGUUUUGAAAAUGCACCGCUCUACCUGCACCUCGCGCGCACGCGGAACACCCGAGACGCGGCGAUCGUGCGCGUACAUCUCUACGAGUGGUUCCGGCUCGGGCCCGCCGAGGUGAUCAAGGCACCUCGCGAGCACCUGUGCAGAACGUACAGCUCCUUCAACGAGGCGGCUGCCUUGGUCAGCCGCGAGCUGUACGGCGAGCUCCUCGUCUUUUGGGAGGCGUGGGAGAUCUACGUCCGCUUGGGUCCCGUCCAGCGCGAGCACCUCGGCACGCUCGAGUGCCGCGUCUUCGUCCACUCCCGCAAGGCGCUCUACACCCGGGCGUCGCCACGGCUCGCGGCGCACGCUGUCGUGCCUCUCCCAGAGGAGGACGGCACGGGCGAGUGGGUCCAGAUCGGGCUGCUGCGGCCGUUUGUGCCUCCCGGGAUCGUCAUCUCGCGCGCUGAGGUCGAGGCCAAGGUCGAGGAACUCAUCUCGGAGGGGCGGCACAACAUGUCGCGCAACAGCGGGGGCGCGCGAGGCCGCAGGCAUAAGGGGGUGCACCGGCCCGAUCAGCAAGCGGAGGGCGGAUGCCCGGACGGGCACGCCGCACCCGCUUCGCGCCUCGGCGGCGAACGUGCGCCUGCGGCGGACGAGCGCGGCGCCUCGUCGGAGCUGGCCGUGCUCGACAGGGAGAUGCCGCGCGACCUCGCCGGGCCGGGCGCGCGGGAGGCGCAGCUCGAGCGGCGGCUGCAGCCGCUCGGGGAGGCCCUCUCGGCCCUCGCUCGAGCGACCCAGCUCGAUGAUCUCGGCGCUUCGUGCCCGCUGCCGCCGACGGAAUGCUCGGGUGUCGGGGCGGCAGCGCCAGCGCCAGCGGCGGCGGAGGAGCCGCAGCCCGUCGUCGGCGCCUCGAUUGCGUGGGCGGCAGCGUCCCGGCUCCGACCACCACGGGCUCACAGACAAAUGCCAGCAGUUUCGCCGGGGUGCAAGUUUGUCUUCCGAUGCGCGCAGUGCAACACCAUGCUCGCGCUCGCGCUGCCUGCUUCCUACGUCGGGAACACGGCUGUCGCGGAUUGCGCCAAGUGCGGAGCAUUGCUCGACGUCAACGUCACGAAAGAUCGGCGCCGUAGCGAUCGCUUCCGGGAGCUGCUUUCCGCGCCGCCUGCCGCGCCGAGGCGACUGGCGCAGGGGCCCACCGGCAUGCGAGCGCCGAGCACGGCCACGACUUGCACGCAUGGAGCGGCGCGGGUGCUCACCGAGGAGAAGCCCCUCCGAGACGACGAGGCGGAGCGACGCGUGGGUGUGCUAACCACGGUGUUUGUAAACCGGCAUGUAUCGAUCGCAUCUGUUCUGGUAGGACGCGACGCUUCGGAUGGUGCUGCGGCAGAGCGCUAA